AUGGGUUGGUCGCUGCCCGCCGUCUUGACUCCCACCGCACCGACGACAGCCCUCAACCAGUCUUCCUCUGAAGUUGACUCUAUAAUCACAGUUAUAGAGGGGUUUGUAUCCGCCCUGAAUGCCAAAAAUUCCAUCGAGUUUGAGAAAUACUGCGUGCGGGCUGGAGGGAUGUCAUUAUGGCCGCCUGCUCCUGCAAUGCCUAGAUUCUGUACGAUCGGUUCCUUCGUAGAGCAUAUCGCGAAACUUGAAGACGAGAUCGAUGAGCAGAUAUGGGACCCCGAAGUCAAGUUAUACGAGGCGGGGAAUCUUGCGGCAGUAUGGGCACCUUUUCGGGCGAAGAUUAAUGGUGCCGUUAAUCAUGUGGGCGUUGAGCUUUUCAUCUUGCACAAGCUCAAUGGGAAGUGGAAGGUGACUGGGCUGGCUGAUUCAUGUCGACAACCGACAGAGGACGAAAAGAGUCUACUUUGA